CUGGCCGCGGUUAAUAGGGCGCCGAGGCAGGCGCGCGGCGGGCAGGCCUGGAGGGGGCGGGUCCGCGCGGGCUUCGGAGGCGCCCGCCCUGCCUGAGGAGAGGAGGUCACGGCGUAAAGCUGCAGCUACCGCCACUGCCGCUUCUGCAAGGUCUCAGGGACGGGCUGCAGCCAUGUCCUAUUGCCGGCAGGAAGGGAAGGAUCGAAUCAUAUUUGUAACCAAAGAAGAUCAUGAAACUCCAAGCAAUGCAGAACUGGUGGCCGAUGACCCCAAUGAUCCAUACGAGGAGCAUGGUAUCCCAUAUGAUGCAUUUAGCUUUGCAGCCCCUUAUAGUGAUACUUUGUACAAAGAAGCAUAUAAAACACAAAGAACUCUGGGACCCAGGUUUCAACCUCUUAACUGCAAAAUUACUAAGUGGGCCAAGUAAGUCACCAUUUUAUGCCAUCUACCUGCCUUCCAGCACCCAGCUGUGCAGCUGAGAUGGUGCUUGUAAUAGCUAAGAGUACCAAGAAAAAAAGGUGGCAGAAGUAAUUUUCCUAGAAUCAAAACAUCAAGAGGGCCUUAAAGAUCAUCUGAUCCAAUGAGAAAACUGGGGACCCAGGAGGGGGCGGAGACUGACUCAGCCGGAGACUGGAACCUCAGGCCUUAGACUGCAUGUUUGAUAACACACUACAUCUGAGCUUUAUGUAACAUGCCAAAGGUACCCUCUGUGUGGAUUUAUAUUGUGUUCCUGAAAUGCAGAUUGGCACCAUGUGCUUUGUGAGGAAGUAUCUCAUUCCAGCUCACCUGCCCCUAAGAAAUAAUGAAAUAAGGACUCCUGGAGACCUAGGAUAUAAUUUUUUUUUGUUAUUUUUGAUCAACCACCUGGUCAAUUUGCACUGGGGUGUAAUUUUUAAAUAUCAGUAUUAUCUCUUGGAAACUGGUUAUGCAGGUUUGUGAGCAGAUUUGAAACUCCAGGGGGUAGCAUUUGCAAAUGUUUUUCCAACACUGAGGUCCCUGUCAAGAAGCGGUGAGAUGUAGGGGAAGGGGCAUGGCUCUGGGAAUCCUGCCAGCUCAGUCUGCAGUCCUCACUUGGACCAUGAGCCCCAGAGACUGCGUGUGCAAACUGGGGUUAGUAGCACCCACUGCAGAAGGUUGUCAGAAGGCUUAUGUGAGUUACCAAGCAUAACUUAAUGCAGGAGAACUUGAUCUGCAACUGCUGAUGGUCCUGGGGGUCUGCUGCCUGCUAAGGGGGCAGCACUAGUUGGCAUCGUCCAUGCUAUCCCCAUUUUACAAGUAAAGGACAGGAAUAGCUACAGCAGAUCCAUUGGUCAGUGGAGCUUCCCAAGCUGGAACUGAGAGGCAGGCGGGGUUUCGUCUAGGACUUUGGACAUUAGUGCAGUGCACCAGGCCUCGGUAUUGCCCUGGAGUGAAGAAUCAUGUGUAAUUUCACAGGACAUUUUAGAGGCUCUCUUAGAAAGUACUUUCAGUCUCUUAAUAAGACUCAUGUAAGAAACUUCUAUAUGAAUGAUAUGUCUGUGCAAAGCUGAAAUGAAGCCAUCAUUUGAG